AUGGUCCAGCUCAAUCAAGAACCACUUGUCAGCUCGAAACCCGGAACUCAACAUGUUCCAAUGGCAGAAGAGUUCCUGAAAACGCAGCGCUGCUUUACGGAAUUCGUUAGCAGGUAUAGACUCAAUAUGACAGACGGUGUCAGGCUUCCACCUCGAAACAGCUCGCUGCAAGUUGACGUCAUGCUAGACAGCUCCCAUCUUUGCGCCAACUUCGAGCAGCUGAACAUCUGCAUGGAUGGACGAUACCGCGAGUUGGUGGACUUCGACUGCCUCGCAAAUCUCACAAGCUCAUCAACGGAUGCUGCUUUUUACCUCCGUCAACUUUCUGCGGCCGAAUUCUUUUGCGACUUUAGCGUUCCGUUCAUCGACUAUUCACAAUGUUCGAAUCUGAUCGCCGAAGACGUUACCGAAGAAUCUUAUUCGCAGUGCACUCAAAUUGACUGGAAUAGUUGUCGGUCAGUAGCGGAAAGCCUCUCCUGCCGACUCUCCCUUAUCGACACCUUCUGUAGAAGUCAUGCUCAGACGCAGGCAUUCGUGCACAUUAUCAGCAGAUUCCGCUGCGGAUGA